AAGGAACCUCCAUCAAGCUCCUUUGAAAACUUUGUCUGGGAGAGACCUUGCUGAUCUAGUACAACUACAUUGUGUCUUGUUCCUGUGUUCAGUCUUGCCAUGGUGUAUGACCUGUGACAUGAGACCGUCUUCUACAACCUCACCUUGGUAGUAGAGUUUGCUCCUCACCCAGUUUUAAUCCUCCUACACAGCUCUUUCUGUUUCAGUUUAAUGGCUGUGUUCCAACCGACGUGUAACAUUGAUGAUCAUUAGCACCUGUUUGGUAUAAUUGGUUGAUCAUACACCUGACUAUAAUCCUACAAAAUCCAGGACUUUGUGUGUAUCCCUUUGUGUAAACUGAAGUUGGUUUGAAGGUAAAAGGUAGUAACUCCAAAUAUUGAUUUGAUUCAGAUUUUUCUUAUAUAUAUUUUUAUAUAAUUUCUUUAUAUUUUUGAAAGCAGUCUUUCUUUAUAGCAUUUUUCACACCUGCUUAAAACGUUUGCACUGUCCUAAAUGACUAAUCAAGUAAUCGAAGUUCAUUAUUAUCAAAAUGUGGGAGGGCUUUAAAUAUGAAAGUACCUGAACCGGAAGUACUUUGAGUGCACGUCGUUUCAAUGGAGCAGCUUCGGAUUGUACCAUGGAGGCCGCCACGGACUUGUGAGGAUUACUGGAGUGAAUUCAGGCACUGCAAAAGCUUACUGAAUAAGUUCCGCCACUACUACACUUAUGGGGACUCCCCAUGCUGUCAACAGUGGAGAGAAGACUACAAGAACUGCAAACAAUGGGAGAGCCACCAAGACCCUAAAGCAAAGGAAGAUUUGCUAACAAGUGAAAGGAAUAGAGUGGCUGAGCAGCAUAAAUUUACUCCGGUGUGGAAACUGAGGAAAGAACCUCCAAAAGACUGGCACAUGCCCUUAAACCAAGAAAAGUCUCAAGAUAUCUGAACUGCUAAAUUUAGUUUAUAAAGCACUUGAUUAAAAAUCUUCAGAUCUUAUUGUUCUACCAAA